CGCGCGCGGGCGCACGCGUGUAAUAUAAUAUCUUGUGUGCACAAUAAAAACUGGCAUUUGGAAACUACAUGAUGAGGUAAGAGGAGAGGAGCCCAAACAAAAGUAUGGGUAGCACCAAGAGCAAGGACAGGAGCAGCCCAUGUGAGAACAAAGGCUUGAAAGAAAAGGUGAGGUUUCUGGAGAGGGAGAUUGGAGAGAUUAUGCGCAUCAGAGAGAAUGAGAACCAGGCCCAUGAGCAUGAGAUGGUGGUUUAUGCGUUUAAAGAGGCAGAGUGGAAGAGGGAGAGGAAGAUGCUGAGAGAGGAGGCGAAGAAGCUGAGGAAGACGGUGGAAGCGAGGGAGGAGAGGGUGAGGGAAAUGAAAGAAGGGGUGCCGGGAGAGAAGAUGGAGAAAGAGUUGGAGUACUGGGAGCUUCUGGGGACUACCAGCUACAUGGUGGAGCAAAUGAUGGAGGAGAGAGCCCGGCGCGACGAGGCGGUGGAGAAGUGGAAGCGGCUCUAUCUGGCCAUCAAGAUUGAGCUAGAUGAUCUCAUCCAGAGGACACACCAAGGAGAAAGAUGGCGGUGGAAAGCAGAGGAAGAAGAACCGUUGAGGCAGGAACUGAAAGCAAAGGAAGAAACCAUUGCACUUCUGCAAGCAAGAUUAGCUUCUGUGGAGAAAGAGGGAGCCAGAAGGGACAGAGAGGUGGACAUACUGAGGCAGAGCUUGAGAAUCGUGACCCACAAGAAGAAGCAGCCAACAACUGUUGCCAAGAACCUCGGUAGAAAGUUGCAUUUGUAAAACAACAGAAACGUAGGUUAUAUUAUCAUUGUACAAGGCAAGAUAGAAUGCUGAAGUCCAAAAAUGCUAUAUGCUUUAUCAGUCUGAUAAAAAGAGAGAUCACCAUUAUCAUGCCAAUUCAUUUCUACCCAGCCAAAUUUUAUCCCAAAAUACCUCAACAUCUGACUGCAUGCAGGUUUCAGAGUCCAGGAGGCAGAACUACAACAAUCAAAGAGAGACACCAGUAUCAUCCUCCUGCUAUCAAUCAGUGAGAUCAUCCGGUAGUGUCAGGACAAACAAAUUAAACUAGACACUCUUUCUUUAGAAAAGCAAGUCUAAGAUAAGAAUGAUCUGUUUUUUAUGAUGAAACCCAAAAUGUGAGUCAUCAUCAAGACUGACUGGUAGCUAAACAAGGUGAAUGAGUUGCUAAAUACGUAUAUGAACAUCAUUAUUUAAUAUUUCCCUUAUAAUCAUCAGAACGAAUCAUCUAUAAUGCAAGUCAAUGG